AGCCGCUCUUGCCCAAGACCCGGAAGGCCCGCCUUGGUGGUGUAACCCCUCCGAGAACUUCGCCUCCCCGCCAGUUCAGGCACCAGACAUGGACCUGCAGCGGGCACCGAGGGUGUUGCUCGAGGUGACCUCCGCCGGCGAGAUCACUUACAGCCUCCUGACCGCAGACAGCAGGCGUCGGACCACGCCCCGCUCCGCGGCGCAGGCCAAUGUCUCCCUCCGCAGCACGAGCCUGCGCCGCACGGAGGCCGAGCUCGAGGAGGCGUCUUCACGCGAGCGCGCCCAGGAGUGCCGCGGCGAUCGCACGGGCUCCGCGCGGAGCGAGCCUGCAGGCCGUCCGACGUUUCCGUCCCCAGGGCGGGUGGCACAGCCCUUGCAGAAGGUUGAGGGCAAGGUGGGCAAGGAGGGAACGCGGCUUCCAGCGGCGUCAGCCGAUCGCACGGUUCGCCGAGAUAGUCUGUGCGAGACGUUGCCGAAGAUCGUCGCGGGCGGCGAGCGGCACUCCGCAGGAGCGGUUUCGCCGAAUGUGAAGCGCCGUGUAUAUUCGGUCGCACUGUAGAGUUCGGCUGAAAAGACUGACGGGCUGCUCGCUGGGCUUUUAAGGUCGCCUCGUGUAGCUGUCUGCGGCCCAUACAUCGGCCAACCAGAACUUCAGGCUGCACAGCACAGACAUCAUUUUCCGACUGUCGGCCAGCAUCUUGGCCACUGUUGGUGUGAAUCGGACAGGUUCAGCAAAUACCAGAGUCUGUCUCCGCUCACAUACUUUUGGGUGCAGUGCCAGCAUGCAAAGCGGUAUGGCACUGCUGGCAUCACGCAGGGGGAAUAGAACAGGGACAGGGCGGGGGUUGAGGCUGUCAGCCCAUGCGGGUGGUGCACGUUGAUUUUUCAUGAUUGCCUGUCCUGAUGACUUUACUUUGGCGAGCCUGAACAUACACGCUGUCAUGCAGGGGCUUCGUCCUUUCUCCGUUCUCCUCCUCCUCGUCCUCAUCCCGUCUUCCUCGUCCUCAUGCCCCGGAUGGCCGACUGAGCUCGCGCCGCGAUCUGAAUCCGAGGGCAUCGGGCAUCCAGCGUUUGUAUAUUCCUCAGGCUGCACCCUUCAUCCGCUGAACCUGGUGUUGCUUCCCCCUCUGCGCGUGAGAAGGCUGGGGGAUGGAGUCCGCGGAAUACGCAUUAUUCUAUAUUGGGAGUGCCCCCCCCCCUGCAAGUUUGGGGGCCGGUGGGAGGGCUGUAGGGGAGGCAGGACUCGCAUGCGCCUGGAGGCCCCGAAGGGGAAGACCGAGCUGCAGUCCAACAAGGGUUCACACCCUGUUUGCACGCCUGUUUAAAGAGACCUAGCUGCAUUGUGUCAGAGGACCGUUCCCAGAUUGUAGAGCAACAGGUCGAGCUGGAUUGUAGAGCAACAGGUCGAAGACCGAGCUGCAGUCCAACAAGGGUUCGCACCCUGUUUGCACGCCUGGGUACAGAGACCGAGCUGGAUUGUAUCAGAGGAGCAAGAGGUCGAAGACCAGGCUGCGGUCCAACAAGAGUUCACACUCUGUUUGCAUGCUUGUCCAAGGAGACCGAUCUGCAUUGCAUCAAUGGGGCAUGAGGUCAUGAUACGUUCCCAAAACCUGGAACGCAUCCUGAACCAAUCUUACCAUGGCACGAUGCGCGCCAUAUUUUUAUGUAUCAUUAUCCUCCUUUCCCUUCUCCUCUUCAUG